AUGAAGGUUCUUUUUACUCUUUCCAGUCUCUUGGGACUUGGUCUCGCUAUGCCAGCUCCGGUUAUAGAGGAACGUGCAGCAGCAGCACCCACGGUCACAAUUAGCUACCCAAAAGCUACGAUCAUUGGUAAAGGCGGCGACGUGGAAAUUUUCCCCGGGAUCCCUUUUGCGAAACCUCCAGUGGGUGAGCUUAGACUAAGACCACCCCAGCCAUUGACGGAUCCCCUCGGCACUAUUUACGCCACAGAAAACGGGAAGGCAUGCCCACAAUUCACUUUCAGCACCGCUAUAAACGAUGAUAUCCCAACUUCCGCUCUCGGUCUCCUUAUCAAUACACCAUUCUUCCAGAAAACCCUCAAUGCUGGUGAAGAUUGCCUUUUCAUUAAUGUCCACCGACCUAAAGGAACGAAAGCAGAUGCAAAGCUACCGGUCCUCUUUUGGAUCUUCGGUGGUGGCUUUCAGAUUGGUUGGAAUUUUAUGUAUGAUGGUGGUCCAUGGGUUUCAUCAGGUGUUGCACGAGGACAACCAAUUAUCAUGGUUACUGUCAACUACCGAGUUGGAGGAUUCGGAUUUCUACCUGGAAAGGAAGUUCUAGCUGAUGGGGCCUCAAAUCUUGGUCUUCUCGAUCAGCGCUUGGGUUUGCAAUGGGUUGCCGACAAUAUCGCUGCUUUCGGUGGAGACCCGAGCAAGGUUACUAUUUGGGGUGAAUCCGCAGGCGCCAUCUCAGUUUUCGACCAAAUGGCUUUGUACAACGGUGACCAUACUUACAAAGGGAAACCUUUGUUCCGUGGCGCCAUCAUGAACUCUGGUAGCAUCGUUCCAUCCGACCCAGUGGAUUGCCCCAAAGGUCAAAAGGUCUACGACACUGUUGUUUCUGUUGCCGGGUGCUCCAAGGCCUAUGAUACCCUUGCCUGCCUUCGAGCAGCUCCAUAUGAAAUCUUACUUAAUGCCACAACUUCAGUUCCCAGUCUUCUCAGCUAUUCAUCGAUUUCUCUCUCCUACUUGCCUCGCCCAGACGGCGUAGUUCUCACCCAAUCCCCAGAUCUGUCUGUAUUGAGUGGAAAGUUUGCCAAGGUUCCAUUCAUCAUUGGUAGCCAGGAAGACGAAGGUACUCUCUUUGCACUCUUCCAAUCCACCAUUAAGACAAUUCCCCAAUUGGUCACCUAUUUGAAAACCUACUUCUUCCACGGCGCAACUACAGCCCAAAUCCAGGGGUUGGUCGAUACUUAUCCCGACACCACUACCGACGGAUCUCCUUUCCGUACCGGAAUUUUCAACAACUGGUAUCCUCAGUUCAAGCGAUUGGCAGCCAUCCUUGGUGACCUUACUUUCACAAUUACCCGCCGAGCAUUCCUCGAUAUCGCCAACGCCGUCCAUCCCGAUGUUCCUUCUUGGUCAUACAUAUCUUCAUAUGAUUACUUGACCCCUGUCCUAGGCACAUUCCACGGUAGCGAUCUCCUACAAGUUUUCUUUGGUGUUCUUCCAAACUACGCCUCUGUCUCUUUCCGCUCCUAUUAUCUCAAUUUUAUUUACAAUCUCGACCCAAAUAAUGGCAACCUUGUUGUCAAUUGGCCCCGCUGGAGCGUUAAGAAGAAGUUGAUGAACAUGUAUGCGUGGUAUCAGACACAAAUCGAUGAUAACUUCAGAGAUGAUACUUACCAGUAUCUUCUUAAGAACAUCGGCAACAUGCAUAUCUAA